UCUUUUACGGUUCCUAAAAGGAUACGACUAUAAAAUUAUUCAUCGGCAGUUGCAAUUAAAUUUAGGCGGGAAGGACAUGACAGCUCCUCCUCUUUCAACAUCAUUCGAAAUCAAGAACUGUUUAAUACGAGGUUUCAAUUCCUUCAGACAUCUCAAACAUGUUCACACUCGUCUCCUCCGUUUUGGUCUUGACCAAGACAACUACCUCAUCAACAUGUUCCUUAAAUCCAUCUUCACAUUUUCAAACCAAUCUUAUGCUCAUCUAGUGUUCAAUCAAACCCACGAACCCAAUGUCUUUCUUUGGAACACAAUGAUCCAAGGCCUUGUGUCCAAGAAUUGCUUUGAUGAGGCUCUUCAGCUCUUCGUUUCGAUGCGAAAAGAGAGCUUUUUGCCCAACAAUUUCACCUUCCCUUUUGUUCUUAAGGCUUGUGCUAGGCUUAAUGACUAUAAAGUUGGGUUGGAAGUUCAUAGUGUUGUGGUGAAAUGUGGGUUUGAUUGUGAUGUUUUUGUGAAGACUGGGAUGGUUUGUUUGUAUGCGAGGUGCGGGCAUUUGGGUGAUGCACAUAAGGUGUUUGAGGAUAUUGUUGAGAAGAAUGUUGUUUCUUGGACUGCGAUUAUAAGUGGGUAUAUGGGUAUUGGAAAGUUUAAGGAAGCAAUUGGUAUGUUUAAGGGUAUGUUGGAGAUGAAUUUGAGGCCGGAUAGUUAUACACUUGUUAGGGUUUUGUCGGCUUGUAGUCAGUUGGGUGAUGUUAAAACUGGGGUUUGGGUUCAUCGGUAUGUGGCCUAUAUUGGUAUGGAGAGGAAUGUUUUUGUUGGUACGGCGUUGGUGGAUAUGUAUGCUAAAAGCGGGAAUAUGGAGGCAGCUCGUAGGGUAUUUGAUGGGAUGCUGGAGAAGGAUAUAGUGUCGUGGAGUGCGAUGAUUCAGGGUUAUGCAUCUAAUGGUCUUCCUAAAGAAGCGUUGGAUCUUUUUUAUGCAAUGCAGAAGGAGAAUUUGAAGCCUGAUUGUUAUGCAAUGGUUGGGGUCCUUUCUGCUUGUGCAAGGUUAGGAGCGCUAGACUUAGGGGUUUGGGCGAGCAGCUUAAUUGAUAAGAAUGAGUUCUUGACCAACCCUGUGAUGGGUACUGCGUUGAUUGACAUGUAUGCAAAAUGUGGGAAACUGGCUUUAGCAUGGGAUAUCUUUGAGGGGAUGAAGGAGAAGGACCGUGUUGUUUGGAAUGCUAUGAUAAAUGGGCUUGCUAUGAAUGGGCAUGUUAGAGCUGCGUUUGGUCUCUUUGCACAGUUGGAAAAAUUUGGGAUACACCCUGAUGGGAACACUUUUAUGGCCCUGCUUUGUGGGUGUACUCAUGCUGGUCUUGUGGAUGAGGGACGCAAGUACUUCCACAGUAUGAAAGAUGUCUAUUCUCUGACUCCUACAAUCGAACAUUAUGGAUGCAUCGUGGAUCUUUUAGGGAGGGCUGGUUCAUUGAAAGAAGCCCACCAGUUGAUUAAAAAUAUGCCAAUUGAAGCGAAUGCCAUAGUUUGGGGAGGCUUGUUACACGGAUGUAGGCUACACCGGGAUACCCAGUUGGCAGAAGAGGUUCUAAAGAAGUUGGUUGAGUUAGAACCUUGGAAUUCCGGAAAUUAUGUUCUUUUGUCCAACAUUUUCUCUGCUAAUCAUAAAUGGGACGAUGCAGUAAGCAUUAGAUCGACUAUGAAUGAGAGAGGCAUUCAAAAAAUACCAGCGUAUAGCUGGAUUGAAGUUGAUGGAAUCGUUCAUGAGUUUCUUGUGGGAGAUAAGUCUCACCCCUUGUCAGAGAAGAUCUAUGCUAAACUUGAUGACUUAGCCGAAAAAUUAAAAGCAGCUGGUUACAUCCCAACAACAGAGUUUGUGCUCUUUGACAUUGAAGAGGAGGAGAAAGAACAUUUCAUUGGUUGUCAUAGUGAAAAGUUGGCCAUUGCAUUUGGGUUAAUAAGUACUAAACCAAAUGAUGUGAUCCGGGUAGUCAAGAAUCUUCGAGUUUGUGGUGAUUGUCAUGCGGCCAUCAAGCUUAUCUCAAAAAUUACAAAUAGGGAGAUUAUAGUCAGGGAUACUAACCGGUUCCAUUGUUUUACUGAUGGGUCAUGUUCAUGCAACGAUUAUUGGUGAUAUAAGGUUAGAUCCACCAAUAUAUGCAUUGAUAUUCUUGU